GGGUGAGGCAAACAGCGCUCCUGAAUGUGUAUAAUCUAUCAGUAUGAGCUGAAUGAGGUACUCACCCAAUGGAUCCUUUUCUGGAAGAUUUGGUGAUUUCGGCGCAAGUCACCUUGUCCCGCCUAGAAUGCGAGCUCUGCAUACGAGGAAAUCCUCUUCAAACCCUUGUUUUGUGCUCCGUACGUUAGUUAUGUGUACUUGGCGGUUGGUUCAACCCCGAGUUCGAGGCCAAAUCACACUAUCUUGGGGGUUAGAGGCCACACCAGAGACGCCCACGCGCGGGUUCCCCUAGUCCUAGCCCGCAUGCCUGAACAUACCCUGUAAGGCGGGAGGGACCUUCGGCAGCGUCAAAUGAGGGCUUGAUUUUUGAUGUCGCGGAAGGUCAUCCGUUUUCCCGACCUUCUGCCUGGAACAUGGAUAAACAAGCGCACCUCCGUUUCGGCGAACAUCCUUUUUUUUUCAAGUUGUGAGAAGAUGAGAGGAUGGCUUCUUUCAGUGAUAACUUCUUUGAGUAACUACCCCCUGGGAUUUAUCCUGCUCUUUCUUUCUUUCUCUCUUUCUUUCGCUCUCUUUCUCUCUCUUUUUCUUUGGAAGAAGGUUGUCCCUUGUGGACAUUUGUGUGCAAAUUCAUGUCAUUUUUCGUCUGGUUUACACAUCUAUCUUUAGCCAUGGGGAAACACUAGACGCCCUUCCGAAGAAAGAGUGAUCGAUCGGACGGACAAAAAGGAGAUCACUCUAUCUUAGCCGCGGGGCUCAUCCUCUUUGGAUCUUGAUUUCAACUCCGUACCUGUUGCUAAUGAUCAUUCUUCCUUCUUCUAGCCUCUUGGUACGAGCGACGGUUCGUUUGCGCAGCCAAGCAGCCAAGUCCCAACACCGUGGUUCAUCCGCAGCGGGCUUGCUUCGAACCUUACUGCCGCGGGACAUCUCACUUUUUGCCCAGACCUGUCCCCGAAGCUGACAUGGCUAAGACCGUUUUGGAAGCAAGACAAGAUAUGGUUCUUCUUCCUCUAAUAAUAAUAAUAAUUAAUAAUACUUCCAGUAUUGUGCAGGGAGACUUUUAAGAUACCAUUGUCACUUUCAUCUUGCCCAUACGAAUAAAGGCAGCCCUGGAAGCUUUGUUCCUCGACAUUCCUAAGGCUCCUUACCUUGUCACUAUUGGUCACAAGUCGAGAAAGACGUGAAACCGCUCCCAAGCCCUUCGGGGGACGUUCAUUUAUGUCUAGCGGUUCUUGAAACGGUGAAACAAAAAGGGAAAAGAAAGGGAUAACGAAAAUGAUACAUUUUGGUCGGGUUAUCUACUUACCACAGAAACACAGGAAACAACAGCUUUAUGAUGAGUUAUUUUCUCCAUAGCUGUAUAUUCCGAGCUGGAGCGUUCCACAGAACAAGGGAACACGCAAACCCAGAGACAACAGCCACCAUUCUCGACUCAGCCAGCUUUCACCAGCCUCGUUCUUGUUCGAACAAUAUCCGUCAGAGCCCGAACACGGUCAUCAGCCACACAAUCCAAAAAAAAAAAAAAAAAAAAAAAAAAAAAAAAAAAAAAAAAAGUCCCAAUUUGCUUCGUUCGUGUCCAUCACAUUUUCCUUCCCAUCCGUUCCUCCUUCUCUUGCCAAGUCGCCAGCUUCCAGCUCAGCCAGGCUUGGAUCGCUGAAUCGCUUGGUGUUUGACUAGCUUGUGCUACUAGCGUUUUUGGUAUGGAGCUAGAAAAAGGAAAAUUAAUUACUAGUCGUUCGUACCCUUAGCGGUAGCGAUUUGGCGAGAAUCACCAGCAAGUUCACGAUCGAUCCAGCAAGACCAGGUCCCAGGAGGAUGACGAAUGGCAGCGCAUAGAAAACGAUCCAGUCCGAUUGAACGUUUUAGCUUUCGGAAUGAAUCUUUGUUCCUGUUCAUAUUGGAAUUUUCAAUGGUCGCCGAAUUUGAUUGAAUUAUUGAAGCAGGACGCACGCCAUGACAACAAGGAAGCAAAGGGAUUAUGAAAAAUCGGAGUGGUGUUUGUUUGAGGAACCCCAAAUAUUUUCAAUUUUAACAGAGCCUUGAACGGCGGGGAACUGGCUGGGAUUGUUACAAGAAGAGUGUCAUCACAAAAUCGGGUCUCACCAGUUUUCAGUUUUCUUGGCGGCUCAUUGGGCAGUUGAUUUGGUUGAAAAAUGAGGUUUUGUGAAUGAGACAUUCAGACGGGCGUGGAUUUGCUCAUGCCCGUGCCACGAAGCUAGCCAAGCAUGUAGAUUGACGUGUUCAUAGCAAAUCGCAACACUUAUAAGAAGGAUCCCAUAUCUUCAGAGAUCUGCUGGCUGCUGGCACCCAUCAUCCUGCAUGCCACAAUGAUGGAGGCCUGCGUGCACUUUCGAUCUUCACCAUCAAUUAAUCUGAUCACACAUCGCCAACCUUAACAUGUGACUGUCCACUCCGACUAGAUCCGAAAUUGAGUUUCCCUACUUUUUCCCGGGAUGAGCGCUGGCUGGAAGAGUACUGAUAAUCGCAUCAUGGUCUCUUUUGGGGCGGGGUUAUCCAAAAACACCGUCGUAUACGGUUAUAAGCUAUGUACUCCAUAGUGUGGCCUCUUUUGACCCCAGAAGUAUUUUGAGGUGGCGAAAACUCCCACGAUAAAGUGUUAUUAUGAGAUGCGGAGAAUGAGAUCUGAUUCCAGCUCCACACGGAAUUUCUUUUGCCUCGGCCGGGUCGCCUAGUUAUGCACGAACGUGGGGAUAUCAAACAGGGUGAUUUGGCUGCGUCUGUAAAUGCCUGCAGCUCUUACUGCCUACUGCAUGGCCAUCCGGACUGAGCUCGCCACACGGUGACGAUCGAGAAUCGCUGUACGGAGUAGUCUGGAGACGACGUAGUUUUCAAAUGCUAAGAUAAAAACUGCAUCGACAUGGCGUAAUUUUGACAGCUGUUGUCCUUUCCAAUAUUCUCAGCCACAGAAGGCGUUAGCGCGGGCAAACUAUUCGGACUUUCUCCAUGUAGUUAUCCCUGUAUCGUCUCGGGCAACAAGAUCUGACCGUCCAAGGGACAAAUUCCGCGUAGAAUUCUGCCCUAUUCCUUUCAAGAUGGCUUCUGCUGGUGCUGAGAAUGGAAAAUAGCUCCCAUUUCAUGAUCUGUAUUCUUGAAGGCAGAUAAAAAAAAAAAAAAAAAUUCAAGCAGAAUGGGAGACUGCUUUGAGGAGUUGCCGAAAUGUUUUUAACCCCAACCGCCGGCGUCUACUACAAGGAGAGCUGAAAUCUGGCUGUUUCGAUCCCUGUAAUGUCGUGCAGAAUCAGGUUUGUAGUUGCGUAAAGGGAUUUUUAGGAACUUUUAGGGCACAUCGCUCAGGAGAGUGCUGGACUGUACGGAGUACGGUAAUCUGUACUGUAAGCCCCAUCAUUGCUGCCCGCUAUCGUGGAUUUGUUCUCCACGCUCGCUCCAGGGCGAAGUUUAUUGUUAGUUGCAGGGCAAGAUCGCGCUGGGGCUGCGGUUUCUGUCGUUUUCGUGGCCUUUCGUGUCCUGAGGCGACUGCGAUGAUGGGCAAUUCCCAUUAUUAUUGUUGUUCUUUAGCGGUCAAGAGAGAAAGAAAGAAAGAAGGCAAAAUCCGAAUUAGAUCCUUUUUCUCCUUGUGUUGUUGUUGUUGUUGUGGUGGUGGUGGUGGUGGAGGUUUGUUCUUUCACCUGCUAUGUGUCUCGCCCCAUUAUUAUAUUAUUAUUUAUUUUUACUGCUGCUAUUAUACGCAGCGUAGUUAAAUAUCCUAAAUACUACUUGUACACAGCAAGCCGGCUGCCUGGGCACUCUCUUAUUAUUGCCAACCCACAUUUUCUCCUGGACAGCUCAUCGUCCUGCUGCUGCUGCCAACAAUCCUUCAUCUCCCACAGCCAAUCCAUCUGUAGUGCUUGUCCGCUACCCACGUCAAACUCCUCCAAAGCAGGUCCACGCUGUCCUGCCGGAGCACACCCAAUCAGCUAUCCAAGCUUCAUUGGAGCUUCUCGUAAAGAAUUCGGUCGACUUCAAUCCCUUGUGCGAUCGAUCCUAGCUAAUUCAAGAGCCGCACCCAGUACCCUCUGCUGCCGCAAUCUGCUCUAACCAAGCCGAAUUGAAGCAGUAAGGUGCCAUGGAAAGCCAGCAGUCACAGCCGCCUGCGGUCUCGCCUGAGACCAUCGAGAAGAAGAUGGUUGAGGAGAGCGAACACGUUGGAAUUCCUGCCUUCCAGUUCGAUCCCGAUGCUCCCCCAUCCAAGAAAGCUGAACAGGUAGAAUUGGCGAUACCAUCGGACAUGUUCAAGCAAUCCCAAACAAAGGCCGUCGGUGUCUCUACGGAUAUAGUCAACGGCACUUCGAGUAUAUCGAGCAAAGCUCCCAAAGUAGUCGAUGCCGGUAAACCUGAAGCACCAGCAGAAACGAACGGCGAACUCGAUGAAGCAGCCAGGUGGGAUCGACACAGGACCGGCUGGGCUCCCCGCUUUCAUACACCCGAGGAUGACAUGGAUGAGGGGGACACGCUCUUGGACCAUCAAACAUUCAUCGAAACCAAGUUGGAUGACAAGUUUUUCGGAGAUUGGUAUCAUAACACCGCGGUCAUCAUUUUCGCCUGCCUGGCAUCAUGGGUAAUAGCGCUGCUUGGUGGAGGUUUGGGGUGGGUGUUCAUAGUCAUGGCCGGUUGCGCAUCGUACUACCGCACUUCUAUACGUCGCGUUCGACGAAAUUUCCGAGAUGAUAUCAAUCGCGAGAUGGCAAAAAAUAGACUGGAAACCGAUACGGAAAGCUUGGAAUGGAUUAAUAGUUUCCUCGUGAAAUUUUGGCCUAUUUACGCCCCUGUCCUCUGCGACUCUAUUAUAAACUCCGUCGAUCAGGUUUUGAGCUCUGCUACGCCUGCCUUUCUAGACAAUUUGCGCCUGAAGACCUUUGUCCUUGGAAGCAAACCCCCUCGCCUAGAGCACGUCAAAACCUACCCGAAAACCGAAGUCGACACGGUGCUCAUGGAUUGGAAAUUCAGCUUCACGCCCAAUGACACAAUGGAUCUUACUGCUCGGCAGCUGAAAAAUAAAAUCAACCCCAAGGUCGUACUGGAAGUUCGCAUUGGGAAAGCGCUUGUUUCGAAAGGCCUCGAUGUGAUUGUGGAAGACUUUGCAUUUUCAGGCCUGAUGAGAGUGAAAGUCAAGCUUCAAAUUCCGUUCCCACACAUUGAACGUGUUGACGUCUGCUUCCUUGGCCGCCCAGAAAUCGACUAUGUUUGCAAACCAUUAGGUGGUGAUCUGUUGGGAUUCGACAUCAACUUCAUCCCUGGACUUGAAAGUUUCAUCAAGGAUCAGAUCCACGGAAACCUGGGCCCGAUGAUGUAUGAACCCAAUGUCUUCCCCGUCGAAAUUGCGAAGAUGCUUGCAGGUAACCCGGUAGAUCAAGCUAUCGGUGUGGUCGCAGUCACCAUUCAUGGAGCCUACGGCCUUAAAAAUUCCGACAAGUUCAGCGGCUCUGUGGAUCCUUAUACAGCAGUGUCUAUUAAUAGUAGAACUCCUCUUGGUCGAACAAAAACAAUUCACGAUAACCCCAACCCUAGGUGGAAUGAAACAAUCUACGUUAUCAUCACCUCUUUCACAGAUUCUCUUACUUUCCAUGUCUACGACUGGAACGAGUUCCGGAAGGACAAGGAACUUGGAAUAGCGACAUUCCCAUUGGAGCCUCUCGAGCAUGAGGAUGAACAUGAAAACAUAACCCUUGAGAUUUUAUCCAGUGGCCGACCACGCGGAGGGCUCAUGACUGAUAUUCGCUUUUUCCCUGUCCUGGAGCCGACAACAGUCGAAGGUGGCACCGUGGAGCCCGCUCCGGAAUCUAAUUGUGGAAUUGCAAGGUUUACGAUUGAACAGGCGAAGGAUCUUGACGGAACCAGGAGUCUUAUUGGACAGCUCAACCCAUAUGGUGUCUUGUUGCUGAACGGCAAAGAAAUUCACGUUACUAAUAAGCUGAAGCGGACAAACAACCCGAUUUUCCAAAAUCCCACAAAGGAAGUGUUGGUUACAGAUAGAAAAACGGCGCGAUUUGGUAUGAUGAUCAAAGAUGACCGAGACCUUGCUACUGAUCCUAUUCUCGGAAGAUACCAAAUGAAACUUAAUGACAUGUUGAGAUCGAUGGAGAAAGGCCAAGAAUGGUUCAACCUUGCCGGCGCGAAAACCGGCCGUGUUAAGCUUAAGGUCCAAUGGAAACCUGUGGCCCUCAGGGGAAUAGUUGGUGGUGGAGGGUAUGUUCAUCCCAUCGGCGUCAUGCGUAUACACAUCCAACGUGCCAAAGGCUUAAGGAACGUGGAGACGAUGGGCAAGUCCGACCCGUAUACUCGAGUGCUCCUCUCUGGAAUUGAGAAAGGCCGUACCGUGACGUUCGCAAAUAAUCUUAACCCUGAGUGGGAUGAGGUUAUUUACGUUCCAAUGCACUCUCCACGUGAGAAACUGAUACUCCAGGUUAUGGAUGAGGAAACUAUUGGAAAGGACAGGCCCCUCGGAAUGGUCGAACUAUCAGCCGCUGACUACAUCCGUGAAAACGAGAAUGGCGAAUAUGAAGUUGACGAUGAGAAGCAACAGAUGUCCAGUGGCCUCCGUAUUGGCGGACGCGGCCCGGCCAAGGGCAUCCUCGAUUAUACUGUUGCUUUCUAUCCCACUCUUAACGUCAUCGAUCCUGAGGAAGAGGAGGAAGAGGAGGCCACUCGCGCAGCUAUGGCUAGCGAAAUGCCCAUGGAUGGUCCCAGAAAGAGCCUCGAAAGUGGCCGUGCAAGCCUUGAAAAUGGCACCAACGGCACCAACGGCACUAGACCUAGCACUGAUGCCAGAACAAAUGGUGCUUCAAGCCUUGAUGCUCCCUCUUCAUCAAAGGGACCGUCAUCCAAUACCUCCCAAGAUUCACUGAAAUUGCCUACUCCUCCUAAAAUUCGCCUUACCCCACAAGAUCUUUCUCAAUACGAGUCUGGAUUGAUCGUUUUCAAGCUCAUCGACGGCCAGCUGGCACAUUCAAAUGUCCAACUUGAAGUUUUGAUGGAUGAUCAUGUAUUCCCAUCGUAUACCUCGCCUCGAACAAAAUCUAAAGAAGCUGUGUUUGGCGAUGUUGGCGAUGCAUUUGUCCGUGAACUUGAAGUAUCGAAAAUCACUCUCCGCCUCGUUGAAAAAACGGAUACCAAAGGAGAAGAGGAUGCCAAUCACGCUUUAGCCAAGCUCACUGGUCCGACGCUGCCCACGCUUCAACAAUGUCUGAACAAACCCACGCAACUAACGCUUAGGUCAAAUGACGGUUCGACGAGCAAAAUAACUGUCAGCCUGAAAUACAUUCCUGUGAAGAUGAAGCUGGACCCUAGGGAAAGUAUUAAUAAUAUGGGGACACUUCGUGUCGACGUUUUGGAUGCUGCUGAUUUACCUUCCGCUGACCGCAAUGGAUUCAGCGACCCAUACUGCAAGUUUAAGCUGAAUGGCAAAGAAGUUUUCAAAACCAAGGUGCAGAAAAAGACUCUACAUCCCGCCUGGAAUGAAUUUUUCGAAUGCUCUGUCAAGUCUAGAAUUGGUGCGGACUUGAGACUCGAGGUGUACGACUGGGAUUUCGGUGACAGGGCGGAUCACCUAGGUGGAACGGAUAUCAACCUUGAGAAAUUGGAACCGUUCAUUGCCUCGGAAAUUUCGUAUCCGCUUGAUGGGAAAUCUGGUGCGGUACGACUCAAGCUGCUUUUCAAACCAGUUUAUGUGAUGAGGUCUCGGCAAGGUUCAUCUACAUUCUCCGGCACAUUUGCCGCUCCAGGUAAAAUUGUCGGUGCGCCCGUUAAGGGAGUAGGAUUCGUUGGCGGCGGCGUUGUUAAAGGUGCAUCUUUCAUUAAACACAGCAUUCUUCGUCGCGGUGGUAGCAAGGACGACGAUGACGACAAGUCCAUUACUUUACCAGAACCAUCAGGGGGGGAGAACCUCGCAAUUCCCACCAUGGCAGUCACACCAAGUGACACGCCGCAGAGAGCAUCAGCCCUUGUUGACGGAGCCGCACCCCCGUUAACCCCUACACCAAGCACCCCUCAGACACCACACAGCCGUUCUCGUAGCAUUGCCUCCCAAUUCAAUGAAAAGAUUGGACGGAGUGGUGGAAGCAAAGGAGAUACCGGGACAGCAAACUUCACCAUCAUUUCCGCUGCAGGGUAUCCUUCCGGAACCAAUGUGCGCGUCACAGUCAAACAGAUAACUUCCAAGGGCGCGAAAGAAGUACACAAAACCAAGGCCAUAAAGUCAGCUCACCACUCUGGAUCAUCAACUCCUUCUACAACGCCUACCGUCCAGUUUGACCCUUCCCAUGAAACUUUCAAGGUCUCCAACGUUGCCGCGGACGCGCAGUUCCAACUACAAGUGAAGGACCAUGCUACCUUUGGGUCAGACGAUCUUUUGGGAGAGGCAUUGUUCUUUGUUGAUGACCAAGGGUCUAGUGUUGGAAGGGAGCACACCGUCAGAGUUGGCAGUGGUACGGUGACGCUGAAAUCGGCAUUUUUAUCGGCAGAGACUUCGUCUCUGCGUCCUGGUACCUCGUACUCGGCCACAGGCGAUAAACUGGACAACGUUGACAGCCCAGAGCGGAAGCCGAGAAGGAGCUUCUUGGCGAAACGAUCGGUGAGCGGGGCGGUGCCUAAUGGUGAUUGAGAGAAGUGGCGAACUGGUGGCCGUAUGUUGUUUUGACGGAUGUUUGAGACUUUUCUUCAUCUCUUUGUUCAUCAAUAUAAUUUUAUACCUUUUCAGGCCCUAUAGUUCUUUUUUCUUCUUCGUUUCUGGAUUUUGGGUUGGGGGGUUAUUGUCGAAUUGCUCUUAUCCUCUUAUCAUUUUUCUCUCUUCUUCUGUUUUCGGGUUUCAGCUUCCAUACUUUCAUUUCCCUGGUGGUAUUUCCGUUGCGAGAGAUUAGUUGGCUUCUCUUUUUGUGGGAACCUGUCUGCGCAGUCGUUUGUUAUUUUUUUUUUUUUUAAUUUGCUAUUUAUCUUUGUUAUCACCCCUUUUGUUUUCAUACAUACCAUUGUUUUU